AUGAGAAAUGACAUGGGACCACAGAUUUACUACAACUUGAGAAAUGACAUGGGACCACACAUCUACGACAACGUCAAAAAUGACAUGGGACCACGCACCUACGAUAACAUGAGAAAUGACAUGGGAUCACACAUCUACGAUAACAUGAGAAAUGACAUGGGAUCACACAUCUACGAUAACAUGAGAAAUGACAUGGGACCACACACCUACGACAACGUGAAAAAUGACAUGGGACCAUACACCUACGACAACGUGAGAAAAGACAUGGGAUCACACACCUACGACAACAUGAGUAAUAUCAUGGGAUCAUACAUCUGCUACAACUGGAGAAAUGACAUGGGGCCACAUAUCUGCUACAACUUGAGAAAUGACAUGGGACCACAUAUCUGA